AUGCGACAUUUCAAAGUCAAAGCCAUGGUGCAAUCUUUGGAUAUAGCAGCCAUAGCGGGACAACAACAAAACGAUGCGGAGCCGAACAAACGGAGCAAACCCUCAGCGCUGAGACGAACGCUGCAGGCGUUGCGGCAGCGUCUGACAAAACGGAGUCGCGCCAAGCCGCCCGAUUGGUUCCUCGAGAAGUUCUCCAAUGCCAGCAACACGGACAAAAUAGGCAAAACUGGCGCCAUGGACGACGCGGCGCUGUCCAGUGAAAUUCGCGGCAGCAGCGCGCUCUGCAAUCGCCUCUCCGUGGAUCCCACGCUCCAGUCACACUACAGGUGGCUCGCUGUGGUCUCUCUGGCGGUGCUCUAUAAUAUCAUAUUUGUGGUCGGACGCUCCGUGUUCUGGGAGAUCAACAAGAAUGCGCCCGCCGUUUGGUAUACGCUGGAUUACCUGUGCGAUUUCAUUUACCUGCUCGAUACGCUGGUGCACAUGCACGAGGGCUUUCUGGACCAGGGUCUGUUGGUGCGCGAUGCUUUCCGGCUGCGUCGCCAUUAUUUUCACACCAAGGGCUGGUAUCUGGACGUGCUGUCCAUGCUGCCAACGGAUCUGGCAUAUAUCUGGUGGCCGCCGGAAACAUGCUCCAGCCUGUAUCUGCCCUGUCCGGUGAUUGUGCGCCUCAAUCGCCUGCUGCGCCUGCCCCGGCUCUGGGAGUGGUUCGAUCGCACGGAAACGGCCACCGGCUAUCCGAAUGCCUUUCGCAUCUGCAAGGUGGUGCUGGCCAUUCUGGUGCUGAUCCAUUGGAAUGCCUGCAUGUACUUUGCCAUUAGCUACGAGAUUGGUUUCAGCUCCGAUUCCUGGGUCUACAACUUGAACGGCACGCGGAACAAUACGCUGCAGCGUCAAUAUAUCUACAGCUUCUACUGGUCCACGCUGACGCUGACGACAAUUGGGGAGACGCCGACGCCAGAGAAUGAUGUGGAAUAUUUGUUUGUGGUCGCCGACUUUCUCGCCGGCGUGCUCAUCUUUGCCACCAUUGUGGGUAACAUUGGCUCCAUGAUAUCCAACAUGAAUGUGGCGCGCGUGGAAUUCCAGAACCGCAUGGAUGGCGUCAAGCAGUAUAUGGCCUUUCGGCGCGUGGGCCAUGAGCUGGAGGCGCGAGUGAUACGCUGGUUCGCCUACACCUGGUCGCAGAGUGGCGCUUUGGAUGAGGAGCGCGUGCUGGCUGCACUGCCGGACAAGCUGAAGGCGGAGAUAGCUAUACAGGUGCACAUGGAUACGCUAAAGCAGGUGCGCAUCUUUCACGACACAGAACCGGGCCUGCUGGAGGCGCUGGUGCUCAAGCUGAAGCUGCAGGUCUUCAGUCCCGGCGACUACAUUUGCCGCAAGGGCGACGUCGGCAAGGAGAUGUACAUUGUGAAGCGCGGCAAGCUGUCCGUGGUGGGCGACAAUGGCGUCACGGUGCUGGCUACGCUGGGCGCUGGCUCGGUCUUUGGUGAGGUCUCGGUGCUGGAGAUCGCCGGCAAUCGCACGGGCAACCGACGCACGGCCAACGUACGCUCGCUGGGCUACUCGGAUCUCUUUUGCCUGGCCAAGCGUGACUUGUGGGAGACGCUGGCCGACUAUCCGGAGGCGCGGUCCACGCUCACACAGCGCGGCUGUCAGCUGCUGCGCAAGGACGGGCUGCUCGAUGAGCAGAUCUUUGCGGAUUCGCAGCGCGUGCACGACAGCAUCGAGGGCGGCAUCGAGAAACUGGAGCUGUCCGUCGAGAACUUGAACAUGCGGCUGGCCCGCCUGCUUGCCGAGUACACGGCCAGCCAGGCCAAAAUCAAACAGCGCCUGGCCAAGCUGGAACUCAACGGGGGCUCCGCUGGUGGCUCCGGUGGGCGGGAGGCGGAGCCGCAGAUGCGCUCACGCAGCGGUCGCCUGUAUUCCCUGCAGACCAAGCGGCGCCCACGUGCGCGCCUCGAAUCGGCUGCCAAAUGCGGCGAGGCGGCCAAACAGAAUACGCUCUAAGGCGACAACGCCCGAGCCAGGCGCCCGAGCAGGGACAUCCGCAUGGCGACAUUCCAAAUGUCGCCUAUUCCAUAUGCCUGCGUUUCCCGCUCUGCUGAAUGAUGGUGAUAAAUGCAUUAAGCUUGACGGAGUUACGAGCAUGGAGAAUCAUGCUGCAGAUUAAAAACUUGCUACGGAG